AUGCUGGAGGAGAAGGAUGUGCCAAGGAUAUCACAAUGCAUCGCGAUCACCUGGCGACCACAGGCUCUGGAAGAAGCAGAGUGUACACCGGACCAGUGGCUAAUGGAUAUCCUCUCGCAGGUCAACGUUCCCAAGACUCGCCGCACCUACUGCAAAGGCAAGGAUUGCAAAAAGCACACUCAGCACAAGGUGACCCAAUACAAGGCCGGCAAGGCUUCCCAAUACGCCCAGGGUAAACGUCGUUACGACCGCAAGCAGUCCGGUUACGGUGGUCAGACGAAACCCGUGUUCCACAAGAAGGCCAAGACCACCAAGAAGGUCGUGCUGCGAUUAGAAUGCACAGCUUGCAAGACAAAGGCACAGCUGUCGCUCAAGCGCUGCAAGCACUUUGAGUUGGGCGGUGACAAGAAGACCAAGGGUGCUGCGCUGGUGUUCUAA